AUAUGGCCAAAAUGUGUUCUUAAUUCCAUCCCCAAUUACAGCAGGACAUCAUGGAAUAUAGCAGAAAAAAAUGCACUAUAAGGAUUAAUUAUAACAAUUCUUAUUAUAGCAAAGAAUUUUUUUUACAGUGAGAACAGUCACUGGAGCCAGGGGUGUGGUGAGUCCCCAUCUCUGGGUGUUUUCAAGACACGACUGGACAGAGUGCUAGAUAAUGUCAUCUAGGCUCCUUUCCCAUGAGAGGUUGGACCAGGCAGAUUUUGAAAAGGAUAAUUCUGGGCCAGAUGCUCUCCUUGUUUAUCUGUGGGACUGCUGUUACAAGCCAGUACCUAGCAGAAAAGUACCAAGUGAAUACUCCAAUGUUUCAAAGUUUUAUCAACUAUUCUUUACUGCUUCUAGUUUAUACAACAAUGCUGGCAUUUAGGACCGGUAGUGACAGCCUUUGGCAAAUUUUGAAACAUAGGUGGUGGAAGUAUUUAUUUUUGGGACUGGCUGAUGUUGAAGCCAAUUACAUGAUUGUAAAAGCCUACCAAUACACAACGCUCACAAGUGUGCAGCUGCUGGACUGUUUUGGGAUUCCUGUACUGAUGGCUUUGUCGUGGUUCAUUCUCCGUGCAAGAUACAGGCUGAUCCAUUUUCUUGCUGUUGCCAUCUGUUUGCUGGGUGUAGGAACAAUGGUGGGUGCAGACAUUUUGGCAGGGAGGCAGGAGAAUGAAGGUAGUGACGUGGUGAUUGGAGAUGUCUUAGUGCUUCUUGGUGCUUCUUUGUAUGCCAUUUCUAAUGUGAGUGAGGAAUACAUUGUGAAAAAUCUGAGCAGAGUGGAGUUUCUAGGAAUGGUGGGCUUGUUUGGGACUAUUAUCAGCGGUCUACAGCUAGCCAUUGUGGAACAUAGAGAGUUAAUGAGAAUUCCGUGGAACUGGAAAAUUGCAUUACUGUUCACAGUCUUUGCCCUGUGUAUGUUUGGGCUGUAUAGCUUCAUGCCAGUAGUGAUUGAAGUUACCAGCGCAACCUCGGUCAACCUGGGUAUUCUGACUGCGGAUCUCUACAGUCUGUUCUUUGGACUUUUCCUCUUUUACUGUAAGUUUUCAGGUCUUUAUAUCCUGUCCUUCGUUAUCAUCAUGGUGGGCUUCAUCUUGUAUUGCUCCACUCCAACUCGGACAGCAGAACCCACCGCCUUGCCACAGCCUGGCAGCACUGGCUUGGACAACGCAGCACUAAAGCUCGAGGAGAAUGACAGUGAAACUCCAGCCAUAACUGUACAGUUCACAAGAGGAGAAACUGUGGUGGUCAGCACUGAUUAAAGAAAUGGCAGCAUUUCAAAAUAGAGAUUGGGUUUUUUUCUGCCAAAUUUCCCUCAAAUACUAAUCUGGAGAACUGUUCUACUGCCAAGGCAUAUGUCAUGCUGCACCGGUUUUAAUGCACUGGAUAGACUUCUAAGGCCAGAUCCUCAAUCAGUGAAACUGUAUUGAUUUACCCUUGCAGAAAAAUCUGUCUGUUAGAAGAAGACAGAGUUGUAUUUAUGUGGAGUCUCUGCAAAGUGAGAGACUCUUAUUUUUAAAUGCUUAAUUAACUUAACAGCAAAUGCUUGGAGGAAAAACUAAGCCAAAGCAAGUUCCCAGGUCACUAAGUAGAGCAAAUACGUUUUAUAUUGCAUUAGGGACCUAAAUCUGCAAGCUGAUAUCUGAGGGCUUUGUGUUCCCACGCCUCAGUGCCAGGUACCCUCAGGUAGCAUCUUCUAAGAGUCACUCAGCUUCUUGCAGGAUCUAGUUCUGCAAGCUGUAUUACAUGCAUACACGUUCCAUGUGCUGGUGGACUUCUUUCCUCUACUGGAGGAUUUGCUUCUUACAUUCCACCCAGAUGUUCAUCUCUUCAUAUUGCUGCACUCCCUGUCACAGCUGGGGAUAUUGCAAGUAUUUUAUUUUUAACUUUGCUAGUAAGGGAAGUUUCAAUAUAUGUUUUUAUAAUCCUUUCUCUCCGAGUCCUGUUGUUUGGUGUAUUCCCACUAGGUGGAGGAGGCAAAGUCAGGCCUGAAUGUUUUGGGUUUUUU